AUGAACUUACCUUUAUAUUGUCGACUAAAAAUCGAAAAGAAAUUUCCUUUGGAUGUUAAUACGUCAAUACCAACAAAUGCACACAAGAUGUCAAAUACGAAGCUAGAAAGAGAAUUAUUAGAACCAAUAGUAUUCCAGAUAUGCCUUGCAUUUGAGAGACUUAGCAAAGUGGAAACAGAAUUAGACAUAAAAGACCAGGAAGUUUUUUUUGAACGGUUUUUAAGUGUCAUGACUAAUCACUCUUCCUUAGAGAGCAUUCAAGAGCUAAUAGAAUCCGAGCUCAAGUUGAAUAUAAAACAAGAAUCACAGAGGUUAUUAAAGAGUGUCAUCUAUUUGGAUUCGUUGCCAAGAGCUAUUGAGUUGGGAGUACUAUCUUUUUACUUUAUCAAUCAGAAAUUGGGGAAGCCCCAUACUGUCAAACGAGAUCUAAUCAACUGGGUGAAAUCAAUAACUGCACCUUCAAUUAGAGAAAGCCAUUCAUUUAUUUGCAAGUCGGUUGAUCCUCCAGCAUUUGUUCUAUUUGAUUUACUAUGUAGGAAUCCCCUAUUUAAAGAAGAAUUUGUUCUCCAAUUAGAUUUAUGGAAGCAUAACCUAAAGCCAUUUUCCGAGUGUUGUUUGCUGAAUCCCUCGAUCCUAAAGAAAUGCUUAGAAAACUUAAUUUUUCACAGUUUAGAAUUCGAACCAGACUUAUUGGAAGAUAUAAUUCAAAGUACAUUUCAGUUUUGCAAAUCUAAGAGAAAGGGUGUAGAUAUUGAAUUUGAUAAUGCAUUUAUCAAUUACCUUGUUUGGAAGAUUGCGGAAUAUGCUGCACGUCAAAAAUCAUUAGAUCGAGUUAAGAUAGCUACUACCCAAGAGCAUCUAGUGAAAUUUCUUGAAACAGACGGACUGAAUGCUUAUAAGGAAUUGGAUUUCCGAGCGUAUAUGGGUAUAAUCGUAAUGAUGGCAGAUAUUUCUCCGGAAAAGGCGAAGAAAUUAAUGGAUAUUGUUGAAAAGCGGUUUCUUGGAGGAGAUGCAGCGUCUAGAAAAGAACUGGUUGCUUAUCACAUUGGUAAAAUCUGUUUGGCAACAUCUCCUGAAGAAUUGCUUGAGGAAUUCGAUACUGCGUUCACGCAGUGUAACAAGUCAACUAACAUAUGGUUAUUUUUCAUUAGGAAACUAGAUUCUUUUGGCUUACUUGAUUCAAAUCGAAGUUUGAAAAUACUUUCAAGAAUAGUUGAUUCAGAUGCGAUUCUACUGCGAGCUAUUGUUAAUGCAUUGUUGCGUCCAGUUUAUGACAUAUCAAUCUUGGAGGAAAUGAUCAAUAUGACGAAAAGCAAGAAAGAAAAAUCUGGGAACCUUAUUAGUGCUUUUCUUCCUAAAUAUAUCCAAUUGCUAUAUAGGUAUAAAAGAAAGGGAAGGAAAUGUAAGUUGUUGCAUUUUUGGGAUGAAGGUAAUUCUGAAACCGAAAAUGAUAUAUUUGAUAACCUAGGGGAAUAUUCGGUACGCCUAAUGCAUACAAAUUUCCCAAUGCGUUCCGUGGUUGAAAUAGGUAUGAUACUAGAAUGGAUAUACCAAAUGAAUCCAAAGAAUGUUUAUCAGGUAUAUAAACGUGAAUUGUUGGAUAAGAACUUAACCCCAAACAAGAAGUCUUUAAAAAUCCUAAUCCAAGCCGCUGGCACAGAGAUUGAUCAGGCAUGGGAUGAUCUUUCGCCGCAGCAAGUGGCCAUUAUUCAAUUUCACUCGCAUGUAAAAUAUCGAGCUAACGAUCUAGAAUUUGGAUUAACGCCUACCAACGAUUUGUGGAGGGCGUAUAUAAAGUUGCUAAUGAAGAAUGGGUAUAUUUCAGAACUAUCAAAAAUUUUGAAAUGGUGGGAGGAUAUUAACUUUGUUCCCAAUAAAGGAACCCUCAUGAUGCUUCUUAUUGCAUUUCCACGGGAAUUUUCUGAUAGGCAUCUUAGACAUCAUGAAAAGCUUAGACGAGAAAGUGUGGCAUAUGAACAAACGAACUGGGAAUGGCCCACUGAAGAGGAAUUAAUAGAGUUUAGAAGACGUUUCGAAAGGUAA